CACGGGGUAAAAACAUGGCCGCUUGCAUUACAUUAUAUUGAUCUAUGAACCUCUUUCUAACCUAACAUCCAUACACACAUAACCUUGUUGCUCAUUCCCUCCGAACGUUAUCAGACUUUUGGGUCGUUGUUAGAUGAAAUUAUGACCUCGGCGUUCGUGGUCGGAGAUCAGUUCAGAAAGAGGGCGUCAGAGCUGUUGGAACAGACGGACUCAUCCCUGCCUGAAGAGCUGAGAACGCAACUAGGAGCUCUCCUUGAAAAGAAAGGACAAAUAACCUUGACCUUUAGUACAGCGAGACUACUCAAGAAAUACCUUCAGGAUGAAGGGCAUCCAUUUUAUUUGCAUGAAUUGUUGGAGGAUAGUUCACUGCAUCUGCCUGAGGUUGUCAAACCCCCCAGAAACCCCGAGCUUGUCGCACGCUUGGAAAUCAUAAAAGCCAGACUAGCAAACAAGGAAUACAACAAGAUGACACGUAAUGUAAACAAUCAGGAAAUUAAUCGUAAUGGGACACUGGCAGAUUUUGGACAGCAAGUACGAUCAGCCAAAGCUGUGGCUGUGACUGUUUUGAACUUCCUGGUGACAGUAGUUGCUACAUUUGCCUGCUCCUACAUAGGCAGUCAGUACCUAUUCACAGACACAACAGCGCGAGUCAUAUCUGCUGUGAUCGCAUCUUCUGUAGUGGGGCUAGCUGAGCUGUACGUCCUGGUCCGGACCAUGGAGGGGGAACUUGGAGAACCCUAGCACAACAAACAAGGGAACUACGCAAAAUCGGGGGAUUAUUAUUAUUUAUUUUA